AAAACCAAGAAAAAAAAAUCUACCUCUUCUUAGUUUUAUCUCUCUUCAUCUUCUUCCCAUUCUCUGCUCUCUAAGAGAACUGUCACAAUAAUGGGGAAUGCAUUUCGUUCUUUUCUUCUUUAUGUUCUUCUUAUGACUGGAUUUGGGAGAAUUAAAUGCAUGAAAGAGGAGAUUUUGGUGAAAGUACAGGAGCUGCAGUUUUGGGAUGAGAAGAGUACUCAUGCUCCUCGUCACUUUUCUAAUUCCAUGCAGAUACCCAGAACUGCGCCGAAGAGCUCUGCAUUGCUAGAGCUGAAGCACCAAAUCUCUCCCUCCUCGGUCAAUAAUUUUCAUGAGCAGCUCCUACUCUCAGACAAUGCAAGAGCCUCUUCCCUCCAAUCCCAACUCAGACCCCCUCACUUCCAACAACCUGUAACUCGACUCCCCCUCACUCCCGGAGUUGCACUCCACACCCUCAACUACAUCAUCGACAUCAAAAUAGCCAAUGCGUCCAUGCCAGUCAUCGUCGACACGGGCAGCGACCUCACCUGGGUCCAAUGCAAGCCCUGCGUAAAUUGCUACAUCCAACAAAAGCCCCUCUAUGACCCUUCAGCCUCCUCCACUUACCACCCAGUUCCCUGUAACUCCACUUCCUGUAGUUCCAUCUUCGCUUCCGUCGCUUGCGGUAACAUGACAGACUGUGGCUAUUCCCUUCGUUAUGGCGACGGAUCCUACACACGAGGCGUCUUAGCGCUGGAGCGCAUCAGCCUUGGCGAUGCCGAGGUUCAAGGUUUCAUCUUCGGAUGCGGGAUGAGUAACGGUGGGCUUUUCGGAAUUGCGUCGGGCCUCGUAGGGCUGGGCAGGACGAAACUAUCGCUUGUGUCCCAAACAAAGGCCCAAUUUCGGGGAGUGUUUUCAUAUUGUCUGCCCUCUAGGGUCUACAAUUCAUCAGGAAACUUAAUCCUCGGCAGCGACUCGUCCAGUUACAAGAAUGCCACCCCCCUUGCUUACACUAGGAUGUUGCAAGGGCCUAGACAGGCUCCUUUCUACUUCCUUAACGUGACUAAUGUGAGAGUGGGAGAGGUCGAGUUGGGGCUUCCAAAGGGAAGUAGGGUUCUGAUUGAUUCUGGCACGGUCAUAACAAGGCUCGUUCCUUCGUUGUAUAACGCCGUCAGGGACGAGUUCCUGAAGCAGUUUUCGGGGUAUCCCACAACAGCGGCAUAUUUGAUACUGGACACCUGUUUUGAUUUGAGCAAGUAUGAGGAAGUCAGGGUACCUAAAUUAGGGUUGGGGUUUGAGGGAGGCGCGAAGAUGAAUGUGGAUGUGAGCGGGAUAUUGUACUUUGUUAAGAAGGAUGCGUCGCAGGUUUGCUUGGCGAUGACGAGCCUCGCUGAUGAAGAUGGAGUAGGGAUCAUUGGAAAUUUUCAGCAGAAGAAUCAGAGGGUUGUGUAUGAUAAUGUGGGAGCAAGGGUUGGAUUUGGAGAGGAGAAGUGUAGUUACAGUUAGUUAAUUAGCUAGCUGGAUCCUUUUGGUGUU